AUAAACUUAUCCACGAUUGGAAGAAGAAAUCCUCGUGUUCCCAAACAGAUCGGUAAAGAAAAAAUGUUCUCCGCGCACCCUGCGUAACUGUACAGUGUUUCCUCAUAUAAAACCCAGAAACAGAGUAGUAUCAAGAAACGUGAACUCAACUCCUACACUGCGCAUAAAUAACACCACAGUCAGCCUUUCACUAAGAACUCUCUCUCAAUGUGGGAACUUUCGCGCCAAAUAAUUCAGCAUUAGAGAAGGUCGUCACACUCACCAUGAUCGUCACUCCUCUAAUCUACAAAUUCAGUUUCUCUCUCCUUGUCCUCCUCAUCUCAAUCUCUCUCUUUCAAUUCAAAACCUCCCUAGAUCGAACUCAGCUUUCUUCAUCCCUAAACCAAACCCUAACCCUAACCCUAACGACGAAACAAAGAUCCGAGUCGGACCUAACAACCAAUCAAGAACAACAACAGCAACAACAAGAAGAAAUUACUCGCAAGAACUAUAUUGUCAGAUUUGUUGAAUACAAGAGAGCCGAAGAUCACAAAACGUAUCUUGAAGAGAAUGUCAAAUCGGACCGUUGGGAAUGGAUUGAGCGGAGAAACCCAGCGGCGAAGUUUCCCACUGAUUUCGGCUUGGUGUCGAUUGAAGAUUCAGUUCAGCCGGCUUUGAUUGAGGAGUUUGGGAAAUUGCAGCUGGUGAAGGAUGUAUGGGCCGAUUUGAGCCAUCAAAGGAGCUUGCUUCAGAAAGGAACGAAGAAACUUGGGGCUUUUGUGGAUGGGAAGAAGCGGCCGGGGAAAAUUUUCACGGCGAUGUCGUUCAGCGAAGGAGAUCAAUACGUGGCUGCGGAGACUAGUAAUUUGACGAUUCACUGGAAACGUCAUCUUAUGAUGCAGAAGUCUCAAGUCACAUCCUUAUUUGGUGCGGAUGUGCUUUGGGCGAAAGGGUACACUGGCUCAAAAGUCAAAAUGGCCAUAUUUGAUACUGGAAUCCGGGCAGACCACCCACAUUUCCGUAAUAUAAAGGAGCGUACAAAUUGGACCAAUGAGGACACUCUAAAUGACAAUCUUGGACAUGGGACAUUUGUUGCUGGAGUUAUUGCGGGUGACUAUGGAGAGUGCCUUGGUUUUGCUCCAGACACAGAGAUUUAUGCUUUUCGUGUGUUUACUGAUGCGCAGGUAUCAUACACAUCAUGGUUCCUUGAUGCAUUCAACUACGCGAUUGCAACCAAAAUGGAUGUUCUAAAUUUGAGUAUAGGUGGACCUGAUUACUUGGACCUUCCUUUUGUAGAGAAGGUCUGGGAACUGACGGCAAACAAUAUCAUCAUGGUUUCUGCAAUUGGAAAUGAUGGACCACUUUAUGGUACCCUAAACAACCCAGCAGAUCAAAGUGACGUUAUAGGUGUUGGUGGUAUCGAUUACAGUGAUCACAUAGCCUCAUUCUCCUCACGUGGCAUGAGUACUUGGGAGAUUCCUCAUGGUUAUGGUCGUGUGAAGCCAGAUAUUGUUGCAUAUGGACGGGAAAUUAUGGGAUCCAAGAUCAGCACAGGUUGUAAAAGUUUAUCUGGUACUAGUGUGGCAAGUCCUGUAGUUGCUGGUGUGGUGUGCCUUCUUGUUAGUGUCAUACCUGAAGCCAACCGAAAGGACAUUUUAAAUCCGGCAAGCAUGAAACAAGCACUGGUUGAGGGGGCUGCAAAACUUUCUGGUCCAAAUAUGUAUGAGCAGGGUGCAGGGAGAGUUGAUCUGUUAAAAUCAUACGAAAUCUUGAAGACCUACCAACCUCGAGCAAGCUUCUUCCCUAGUAUUUUGGAUUAUACUGAUUGCCCUUAUUCCUGGCCUUUUUGCCAUCAACCACUCUAUGCAGGUGCCAUGCCUGUUAUCUUCAAUACUACCAUUUUGAAUGGGAUGGGUGCAAUUGGCUUUGUUAGAAGUCCACCAACAUGGCAUCCUUCAAAUGAGGAAGGCAAUCUUCUCAGCAUUCACUUCACUUAUUCGGAUGUCAUUUGGCCGUGGACUGGUUAUAUAGCACUGCACAUGCAAAUUAAGGAAGAAGGAGCUCAGUUUUCUGGAGUUAUUGAAGGCAAUGUAACAGUUGCUGUAUACAGCCCUGCAGCCCCAGGAGAGAAGGGCCCUCGAAGUAGUACCUGUGUCCUUCACUUGAAACUGAAAGUGGUUCCAACUCCUCCAAGAUCAAAACGGGUUUUAUGGGAUCAAUUUCACAGUAUCAAAUACCCACCUGGUUAUAUUCCAAGAGACUCAUUGGAUGUUCGGAAUGACAUCCUUGACUGGCAUGGGGAUCACCUGCACACGAAUUUCCACAUUAUGUUCAACAUGUUAAGAGAUGCUGGAUACUAUGUUGAAACACUUGGUUCGCCUCUUACAUGCUUUGAUGCAAAUCAGUACGGAACACUUCUGCUAGUGGAUCUUGAGGAUGAGUACUUCACUGAAGAGAUCGAAAAGCUGAGGGAUGAUGUAAUCAAUACUGGACUAGGUCUGGCUGUUUUUGCUGAGUGGUAUAAUGUCGACACAAUGGUGAAGAUGAGAUUUUUUGAUGAUAACACACGGAGUUGGUGGACCCCAGUGACUGGAGGCGCGAAUAUCCCUGCAUUAAAUGAUCUUUUGGCCCCAUUUGAGAUUGCCUUUGGAGAUAAGAUUCUGAAUGGUGAUUUUUCUAUCAAUGGUGAGCAGAGUCGUUAUGCGUCCGGAACUGAUAUUGUAAAGUUUCCAGGAGGUGGAUAUCUGCACAGCUUUCCUUUCCUGGAUAGCUCAGAGAGUGGAGCCACCCAGAAUAUUUUAAGCUCGAGUUUGACAAGGGCAGACUCCCCUAUUCUUGGUCUUUUGGAGAUGGGUAAGGGUCGAAUUGCAGUCUAUGGAGACUCCAACUGUUUGGACAGCAGCCACAUGGUGACUAAUUGUUAUUGGCUUUUGAGGAAAAUAUUAGAUUUCACAAGCAAGAACAUCAAAGAUCCUGUACUUUUCUUGAACUCAGCUAGACGAGAUACACCCUUAUACCAAGAUGACAACCAGUUACCAUCUCGCAGAACUGAUGUGAAUUUCUCUACUUAUUCUGCGGUUGUUGGAAAGGAAUUGGUCUGUAGGAGUGACUCCAGUUUUGAGGUAUGGGGGACUAAGGGCUAUGGUUUACAGGUCAGGGGAAGAAACCGCAGACUGCCAGGCUAUCCUGUUAUCGAUUUGGGGAGUGGUUCAAACUCUACUGUGGAGACUUCUGAUAUGAAGCAGCCUAAUUUGACUGGGAAGAAGAAGGAUGAUUCUUCGGGAAACAAGUACUUGGGUUUAUUCUAUGGAGAGGAUCUUGAUAUGCCUGUGCUUGUCGCAAGUCAGUGGCUUGUACCUUCUAUUGUUGCUGUUUCUGGCCUUCUGCUUUUCUUAAUCUUGUGGAGACUUCGACAAAGGCGCAGGAGGCGGAGGAAGGGAUCUGGCUCUGGUCGUUUUGGCAAUUUAUAGUCAUGGAUGAAUUUUGAGAUGGCCUUUCUCCUGUACGAUUGCUACACACGGUCAAGAGUGUUGUCUCCUGUAACUUUGUUGCACAGCUUGAGAAUUUUGGUGUCCGCAUUAUCAUGGGAAAAUGAGUUUUGUAUUCAUAAUCUACACUUGUAGCUUUUUUCUUUGUUCGGAUUAUUUGCAGUGCACAAAUAUUCUGAAUGUAAUGAAAAAUCAUAGAUCCCUCCAAGCAACGGGGCUUCAGCGCUGGGCAAGAAUGCGGUUUCUAUUCCUUAGCAAGUGCAGUGUCAUAAUGUCUUCUUCUGCUCUCGAGCAGGUUAACUUUUCCUUGUUAAUGUAUAGGGGAAAAUUAUUGAUAAAUUUCACAAGAAAAUGCUUGGAAUCUGUAACUCUUUAAUUGGCUUAUAAAUAUACAGUUUUAACUGAA